CCUAAACCGUCGAUUUUAGCGGAGCGAUACUCUUUUCGACAACGUCGGCAAAUGGAGGGUGAAGCGAUAGCUAGUUAUGUCGCGGCACUAAAGAAACUAGCAAGGACUUGUGAUUUCGGUACAUCCUUAGAAGAGAACUUACGGGAUCAGCUUAUUUGUGGAAUAACUAGUGAAACUACGAGACAAAGGUUAUUCGCAGAGGACGACAGUAUCACUUAUAACAAGGCGGUAAAAUUGGCUAUUACUCUCGAAGCGGCGGAAAAAAACGCGAGCGCGGUCGAUGCGAACAAUAGGAUGGAGAACGUAAACAAAGUGCAUUUAAAUCAUAAGUGUAUGGCGUGCGGCGAAGGACACAAGACGGAAACCUGUAGGUAUAAAAACUUCGAGUGUAGUUACUGCAGGAGCAUAGGCCACCUAAGAAGAAUGUGUCCAGACAAAGGUGCAAGAUUCGGAAUGGCGGGAAUGGCCGGCAACCGAUCACGCGGUGAUAGCGUGACAUUCCACAACAGAGGUCGUGGAGGACGAUACGCAGGGGUCGCCGGGGGGCGCGGCGGCGGUUCGCGCGGGAGGAGCAGAGGCGGCGGGCAGCGGAGCGCGGGCAGCUACUGGGUGCACGGCGAUGACUCAGCCGACUUGCAACAACACGGUAGCGAGACAGUCCCGUUGCAAGAUGACGUAGAAAGCAGUGAUUGCGACGAACUAAUAUAUCAGAUGUCAUUAUCUAACUAUAAACCGGCAUGAGUCAUUGUUCGAUGGCACACUGGGCAAGUACACGGGGGAGCCGGUGCGGCUUCACGUGCGCGAAGACGCGGAGCCUUUGUUUUGCCGCGCGCGGCCCGUGCCGUACGCGCUGCGGGGGCGGGUGGACGCCGAGCUGGACGCGAUGCUGCGCGCCGGCGUCAUCGAGCCCGUCGAGCGCUCCGACUGGGCCACUCCAUUGGUGCUUGCAAGUAAGGCUGAUGGCGGUUUACGUAUAUGUGCUGACUAUAAGGUAACCCUGAAUCGUGUCUUACUGGUCGAUAAGUACCCGGUGCCGAAGGUAGAAGAUCUGUUUAGUAACUUAUGCGGAAAUCAGUAUUUCACAAAACUAGAUUUAUCGCAGGCUUAUAACCAGCUGGUAUUAGAUGAGUCAUCCCGAUCUUAUACCGUGAUUAAUACGCACAGAGGUCUAUUUAAGUACAGUCGCUUAGUAUUUGGGCUGGCAUCAAGCCCGGGCAUUUUUCAAAAGUUUAUGGAAAAUAUAUUUAAAGGUAUACCAGACGUGGUGAUAUUUUACGAUGACAUUUUGAUCAAAAGUAAAGAUAUGGAUAGUCACUUGAAAACUAUUGAACAGGUUUUAGGAAUUCUACAAAGGAAUGGUUUGAAAAUUAAAAAAAGUAAAUGUGAUUUCUUAACAGAGCGAGUGCAGUAUCUAGGAUUUAUUGUAGAUAAGAAGGGAAUACAAGUCAACCAGGAAAAAAUAAAACCAAUCAUAAACAUGCUCCCACCACAGAAUGCCACUGAACUAAAGUCAUUUUUGGGUAUGGUCAAUUUCUAUGGAAAGUUUGUUAAAAAUUUAUCAUCGUACUUGACCCCACUUUACGAAUUACUGAAAAAAGGCCAGCAUUAUUACUGGGGGAAACUGCAAAAUGAGGCUUUUCAGAAAAUUAAAAAAGUAUUAUGCGGUGUGGAGGUGUUAGUACAUUAUGAUAUAUCACGGCCGACGGUGGUGACGUGCGACGCGAGUGCGUACGGGCUGGGCGCGGUGCUAGCGCAGCGGGCGUCGGAUGGCGCUGAGCGGGUGGUCUCGUAUGCAUCGCGGGCCCUUACCGCGGCGGAAAAAAACUAUAGUCAAAUCCACAAGGAAGCCUUAGCAAUCAUAUUCGCCAUAGAAAAAUUUCAUCAGUACCUGUAUGGAAGAAAAUUUAUCUUACGCACAGAUCACAAACCCUUAGUCAGUAUAUUCGGUCCGAAUACAGGGAUACCUACCACGGCGGCGAGUCGUCUCCAAAGGUGGGCUAUUAAACUCUCCGCGUAUGAUUUUAAAAUAGAAUAUGUCAAUACAGACAAAAACACCGCAGACGCUUUAUCGCGCCUAAUAAAGUCACACAAGGAAGAGACAGUUUCCGCCGAGGAGGAGCUGCCAGAGCAAACUUACCUUCAUUUCGCGUCAGAUGCACUCCUAUUAGAUUACAAGAUGUUACGUAGGGAAACAGCGACAGACCCGAUACUGAGUAGAAUAAGUAGUUUCAUAACGGAUGGAUGGCCAGCGAAGGUAGAUAUUAAAGAGCUAAAACCAUAUUGGAAUCGAAAGAAGGAAUUAUAUACAGAGCUAGGUUGUGUUAUGUUAGGAAAUCGAGUAGUCAUUCCAGCAGCAUGUAGGGCGUGGGUGAUCAAGGAAUUACACGAAGUCCAUAUGGGCAUAGUCAAAACAAAGGCGUUAGCUAGAAGUUACGCGUGGUGGCCCGGAAUAGACGAGCAGAUUGAAUCGGUGUGUCGUGAGUGCGUCGUGUGCGCUAGCGUAGCGGACGCGCCGCCCACCCGAGCACCGAGCCCAUGGACUUGGCCAAGCCGCCCAUGGUCACGUUUACAUUUAGAUUUCUUAGGCCCAAUUGUAGGCAUUACUUACCUGAUAGUGGUAGACUCAUGUUCAAAGUGGAUAGAGGCUAUUAAGAUGAAAAGCACGACAGCAGCAGCUGUUAUCAAUGUGUUACAUGACAUGUGGUCGAGGUUUGGGCUACCGAAACAGGUGGUAAGUGACAAUGGUCCGCCAUUCUCUAGUUCGGAAUUUUGCACGUUCUUAAAAAAUAACGGUAUUAAUCACAUUUUCUCAGCACCAUACCACCCAUCCUCUAAUGGAGCAGCGGAAAACGCUGUAAAAAUAUGUAAACGGGCAAUUAAAAAAGCAUUAAAACAAGGAGUAGACGUAGAUAUAGCUUUGAAUAGGUUCUUGUUAGCUUAUAGAAACACCGAACAUAUUUCGACUGGUGAAAGCCCUGCAAAAUUAUUACAGGGGAGAGCACUACGUAUGCGCCUAGAUAAAAUAAAGCCAGAUCGUUUGGAACGAGUGAGUGAGAGGCAGCUUCGACUCCAAAACCAAGGCGACACCGAGGCAGCAGUGAGUCGUCAGCAACAGCUUGAUCAGGAUGGCAGCGUUUGGUGCCGCGACUACCGUUCCAGGGAUAAAUGGGUACCGGGUAAGAUCACGGAAAAGCUAGGAAACAGAGAUUACACUAUUACAUACGAAAACGGAACCGAGGUACAUAGGCACGUCGACCAAUUAAGACGUAGGGUUUCCAGUGCUGUAUGUACACCGCCAAAAAUCACAGCCCGCCGCUCUAGCUUAUCAGCAGUGCCAGUGGAGGUGAGCAGCGACCAGGAGGAGCGCCCGACGGUCGUGAGAGAGUCGCCGACAGCCAUUGUACAGCCCAGUGUGUCUACCGACAGGUCUCAGGUCUCCGAAGAGAGUAUGAGGGAUAGGUCUAAGAGGAUUGCAAAACCACCUGUGCGAUUUGGUUUUGAUGAGUAUUUUUAAGACACUGAGUGAAACUUAAAUUUAAGCUUUGUAUUACUUAAGAUUGUUCAUGUACUAGUGUCAAUUAUGGGUGGAGGUAUUAGUAUGUAUUUGUCGGUAUUUGUUAAA